AUGAGCACCAACUCGAGAGCCAGCAAGCGGUGGGAGGAGAGAAAUGAAGAUGGAACGAACAAAAGGUGAGUAAUUAUGAGCAAUUUGACGACUUGGCAACCCAAAAUAUUUUUUCAGAUCAUCCGAAGAGCAAGCACAAGUGCCACGAAGAAAGCCACAUGCUCGCCAGGCGCGAAGGAACCCGGAGAGACAGAGCGCCGCGAAAAAAGUGUGGGCGAAAGCACCAACUACUGGUUCAUGGCGCUCCGAUGCGAACAGUGACCAGCACGAGGACGUCGUGCUGCCAGAAGAAGAGAAGCAAUACUGCUGGUCAGUAGAUAAUGUGGUUGAGCAAGGAGAGCCCGACGACGGAGCAAAGGACAAGAGAUACGAGGCGUACGUGGCGGAGAGAGACAGGAACGUCUUCAGCAAGUACUACGAAGGUGCUCCGACGUGUUCGAGGGAGAUUUGCGCGAGAAACGACUCGUCAGUGAUGCAACGUUUGAAGCGCUACAGCCACAAGGACGCUCUGAACUUUGCCGUUGAUUCUCUCGAGUGGAGUGCGAAUAAGGAGAAAGAUCUGCCGGUGCGCCGACGUGUUUCCACGGUAGAAGUGGUCACAACGUCGUACUUCUCGGGAAGCCACGCAUUUUAUCGAGUGAUUGCCGAAAAGGACGAUAGGUACACACUGCUGGCCUGUCACGCCAACGUUCACGGCUGCCACCGAGGAGAUUUGCGGUUUGUGGAGGUCAACGAUCGGACGCAAGUGCAAGAGUUCGAGGAGAGCGUCGUCGGACUGCUCUACUUGGGCGACAUUCUGGCGGUCUACGAGCUGGCGAGAAGGACGCGUGGACCGACGAUUGGAGCGGAUGUGGCGAGCGUCAGUAUGGAGUCGAACCUCACGUGGAUGGUGAAAAGGAUGGAAGUGGCCGAGCGUCGGUCGGCCGUUCGCAUCGGCUUCUCUUUCCUGCAAAACGGCACCGCAGUCGUCAUGGGACACGAUGAAGCGAUGACGGUUCUCGAGGAUGAGCGGCACGGCGCGGAGCUCGACAAGAUGUACGUCGGAGAUGCGUUUGUGCCGGAAAAGUAUCGCGACACAUUCUGCUCGGGCCACCAUCCAAUGUUCUGGCACCAUCUAACGCGGCUGACGGCCAAAAUGUGCACCUUCUCCACCGCUUUCGGAAUCAUUCAUCGGUACGAGGAGUGUCCGGAGCAGAAUCGACGAUUCACGAUCGGAACGACGGCGUUCGACCCGGCGGCCACACUGCAACGCUUGGAUUCACCGCGCGAAUUGAAUCGGAUUGUGGAGACGUGCACGCUGAUGGGAUACUCGGCCGCCAAUUCGCUCUUCAACGGCCGAUGCGACUGCCGACCGUUUGCAGCGCGAGAUGUCAAAGUUUCGGGUCACAUUGUCCGAUUCGCCAUCGACAAUCCGAAGAAGAUGCCGACUUUGAGACUCUGGAACCCCAACACUCGGAUUGUUUUCGGCUCACCGUCGGGAAACAUCUCGGCCACUAUCGAAAUUGUGAUGGAAGACGAGUCGCUGUUGCGGAUUGUGGCGCGAUUGGUCGGUGGAAAAAGAGGGAAUCGGAUGAUCCCGAAGGGAGACGUCGCAGUGUGGCAGAAAGAGUCGUUGGAUCCGAUUGGUUUGGAGAAUGGGUACUUUGAGGCAUUGCCCGAGCACUCAAACGGCCGCCGAAUCAUCGAGACUCUGUACGGAGGCCCUGGAAUUGCGUUGAAGAAGCCUGUCGUCAGAAACGAGUACGUGUUCCCCGCGCAGCCGGCGAUCAAGCUCAACGACUACCAGUGCGAGUACGUGCAAAUGGUGCUGGACAAGAACCCGCUGGUGCUCGGAUCUUCUCCGUUCGGCUGCGGCAAAUCCAUGACGAUCGUCGCCACCGCGUUCGAGGUCUACAAGCGAAAUGCCGAGGAAGGCGAGCUCCACAAACAGUUCCAACAGCUGCUCGUCACGCAGAGCAACUACGCGAGCGUGAAUCUCAUCGACAUUGCAAAAAAGGCAAAGACAUUCGACAUUCGAUUCGUGCGAUAUGUGUCGGAGAAGAACUGGGCGGAGAUGUCGGAGAACUGUCGAACCGAGUACGAUAUGCCGCGGCUCAUGCAGAAGGUCUUUUGCGAUUGGGCGACCGGAGUCACCCCGGAAACGGACAGAGGUGUGAAGGCGUUGAGCACGUGGAACAUGAUGAAUAUCAUCUCUUUCCUGUUGAGAGAAGACAACGAUGGCAAGAGUCUGCUGAAACCGCAUCAAUUAGUUGGAAAGGCCCUGUAUCACUACAGCGGCAAAUUGGAACGGCCGAAGAAUAUGCUGGACAUUUUCUUCUUGCUCUACCAGCCGGAUAUCAUCAUGACCACCGCCGAUUCGACGGGCAAUUUGCUGCGAUUGAAUGUGCUGAAGGAGGUGAGCACGAUCCAAAUCGACGAGGCCAGCCAAGUGCCCGAGUACACCUUCAUCACCCUUCUCUCCAAAUUCCCGAACGCGUGCUUUGGACUGAUCGGAGACAUUCACCAACUGCCGCCCUAUUGCGAGGAGACGUUAACCGGGAAGUUGAAAGAGUAUGGGGUCGGCAACACGAUGGAGAGAGCGAUCAAGAAUAACAUGUUCCCGAAAGCGGAGCUUCGAUACGUGUACCGUUGUCAUCCGGAGACUACGAAUCUGCUCAGUGCGCUCUUCUACGACGUCGAUCUCAUUCCCGGAGUCUUGGAGACUCAUCGCAACGCGUUCAUGCUCGGAAGAGCCGACUUCUGGCCGAAUCCGAGUUUCCCAAUCGCGAUCAUCAACAACUCGGCCAGCGGAUCCAGGAUGGGAACGUCGGUGGCCAAUGAUUCUGAGGCAGUCAUUGUGAAGCAACUCCUCCGAAUGAUCACGAAGAAGCACAAUGGCUACGAGCUGCACGCGCGCGACAUCGGCGUCAUCUCGUUCUACAGUGCGCAGACGUCGGUGCUGAUGGAAGCGUUGCGUGGGAGCGGCGUCAAGUGCGGAACAGUAGACUCAUUCCAGGGCACCGAACGGGAAGUGGUCAUAUUGUGCUGCACAAACGAGAAGCUCUCCGAGUUCAUGCAGCUCGCCAAUCGGUUGAAUGUGGCCAUGUCCAGGGCGCGGCAGGCCACUAUCAUCAUCGGAAAUGUGUACGGACUGCGGAAGGCCAAGUAUUGGAGCACCAUUUUGGAGAAGGUCGAGAAAAAUGGAUGUUUUAUUGAUAUGGUAUGCGGGUCUCGAUGAGGUGAAAAUAUUAUUUUAUUUUUUUCAGAAAAACUUCAUGUCAUGA